UUUGUAGCUCAGAACCAGAAAAUGUUCAAGCCGACCCAAAGAAUUACACCAGCCUUCUUGUUACAUGGGAGAGACCUCGAGUCGUGUAUGAUAACAUGAUAGAGAAGUUUGCAGUUCUUUACCAGCAGUUAGAGGGAGAAGACCAAACCAAACAUGAAUUUUUGACAGAUGGCUAUCAAGAUCUGGGUGCUAUUCUCAGUAACUUACUACCCAAUAUGAGUUAUGUUCUUCAAAUAGUAGCCAUAUGCACUAAUGGCUUAUAUGGAAAAUAUAGUGACCAGCUGAUUGUCGACAUGCCUUCCAAUGACCUUGCCCUCAAAGCAUUUUGUAGAUCGGGACACUAUUGAACUAAUGAGAUGCUAGUGUGGACACACCAUUUAAUCUUCAUGAAUGUCUCAGUCCUUUAAAACAUUUUAUAUUGUAAUGAUGUUUUAGUAGAAGAUGGUAUUGGAUUUAUGUUUCACUAUGAUAUUCAUUUUAAAAACCAAGGGUUAAAAACAGAUAAAUGAUCCUUUAAUUAUUCUUUCAAAAACUACGUCAUCAAAAGUCAAUUUACCCAAAGUUUGGGGUCUUCCUGUUUUAUAUAGAAAAAAGAUUAGUUCUCUUACAACUCAUCCUUUCUGAUUUUAAAGGCUGCAGAAUCAUUCUAAUCAAUAUGUUUUCAAUUCAUUAUUGAAAUUACAUUAUGUUAAAUAUUGUUUCUAUGGUAAAUACACCACAGUAAAAGUCAUGGUUUAGUGUGAUGGUACCUUCAAGAUUUGUGAAGUUUGUGAUUUACGUGGCUAAUAUAGAUGUAAGUAGAUUUCAGUUUGCUUAUUUCAUUGUCUUUGCUAGUACCAUUUCAUCCUGUUUAUCAUGUUGUUUCAUUACUUUAGUAACCUUGUAAUAUGUCCUAUUGAAUUACUCUAUUAUUAUUUUGGAUAAACUGUUUUGUAAAUACUGUAUUGUUUAUUGCUUCUGCUCAAAAGAAAUGAAGGAGGUCAUUUAUAAUUGCCCUUAUUCUUUCAAUCGAAGAUUUCAAAUACUUUAAUCAAUAUCUGUGAAGGAAACCUCAAUCUUCCAAACUGUGCAUUUAACUUUGGCUCCUUUGAUUAAGUUAUUGCUUUUGCAUUAAAUUAUGUUUAUUGUGUACAACAGUAUCACCAUACACUGGUGGCCAUUAAAUAUUAUUAGAAUCUGCUGUUUUAAAAUAAAUGCAUAAAUUCAUAUUCAUAAACAAUUUAACUUUGUCAAGGAAAACUUUUUAAAUUUAAACAGAAAGAACAUUCUUUUCAAAUACUUUGCAGAAAAUUAUAUUUAUAAAUAAAUAAUUCGCAAAUUUGUUUCUAUUGUAACUGACAUAAUUGUAUUUGUUUCUUUUCUAUAAUGUAGAGCUAAUUCCUAUACAUUUAUGGAGACAUUAUGUAGGCACAUGUUUUAGGGCCUUGGUAAUUAUGCGUUCAAUUUAAAUGCAUGGUGAAUUAAAUCAACACAGUUUUCUGUUAUUGUGUGCUUUUCAGUUGUGUAACAAUUGUCUUUGUUAAAUCACUCUACAUCUGUCCUUACCCUGCCUGUACCAUCCUAUGCUAUGGCUAAUAUAAUAUAAUAUAAUAUAAUAUAAAAUAUCACAGUUUGAAGAGAUCGCAGUCCACAUUGCUUUCACCUUUUGCACUGUGAAACUUGGCUUACCUUCAAACAAUUAAAUAAGUCUUGCUUGCCACCCUA